AUGGGCACUGGAUCCGAGCAAACAGAAGUUCGCUGGAUGCGCAAAUUAACAAAGAAGAAAAGAACAGAGCUUUUAAAAAAGUACAAAGAUGAUAUCCAAAAGUGCCUUUGCCACCAUGCUAGCGGUGUAUCUUUAGCUGAACCCACAGAGGAUGUCACUGAACCUACAGAUGAACCCACAAAGGACGUCACUGAACCUACAGCUGAACCCACAGAGAACAUCGAUGAACCCACAGAGGACAUGGCUGAACCAACAGAUGAACCCACAGAGGACGUCACUGAACCUACAGCAGAACCCACAGAGGACAUCACUGAACCAACAGCUGAACCCGUAAAGGACGCCACUGAACCAACAGUGGAACCAACAAAGGACGUCACUGAACCUACAGCAGAACCCAUAGAGGACAUCACUGAACCAACAGCUGAACCCACAAAGGACAUCACUGAACCAACAGCGAAACCAACAACGGACGCCACUGAACCUACAGCUGAACCCACAGAGGACAUCGCUGAACCAACAGCUGAACCCGUAAAGGACGCCACUGAACUAACAGCGGAACCAACAAAGGACGUCACUGAACCUACAGCAGAACCCACAGAGAACAUCACUGAACCAACAGCUGAACCCACAGAGGACAUCGCUGAACCAACAGAUGAACCCACAGAGGACGUCGCUGAACCAACAGAUGAACUAAAAACGGAUGCCACUGAACCUACAGCUGAACCCACAGAGAACAUCACUGAACCAGCAGAUGAACCCACAGAGGACAUCACUGAAAUUGCAAUUGAAUCCACAGAGGACAUCACUGUACUUGCAAUUGAACCUUCAGCUGAAUCUACAGUGGGCAUCAAUCAAGCUAGCGUUGUAUCUUUAGCUGAACCCACAAAGGACGUCACUGAACCUACUGCUGAACCCACAGAGAACAUCGAUGAACCCACAGAGGACAUGGCUGAACCAACAGAUGAACCCACAGAGGACGUCACUGAACCUACAGCAGAACACCCAGAGGACAUCUCUGAACCAACAGCUGAACCCGUAAAGGACGCCACUGAACUAACAGCGAAACCAACAACGGACGCCACUGAACCUACAGCUGAACCCACAGAGGACAUCUCUGAACCAACAGCUGAACCCGUAAAUGACGCCACUGAACUAACAGCGGAACCAACAAAGGACGUCGCUGAACUUACAGCAGAACCCACAGAGGACAUCACUGAACCAACAGCUGAACCCACAAAGGACGCCACUGAACCAACAGCGAAACCAGCAACGGACGCCACUGAACCUACAGCUGAACCCACAGAGGACAUCACUGAACCAACAGCUGAACCCACAAAGGACGCCACUGAACCAACAGCGAAACCAGCAACGGACGCCACUGAACCUACAGCUGAACCCACAGAGGACAUCACUGAACCAACAGCUGAACCCACAAAGGAUGCCACUGAACCAACAGCGGAACCAACAACGGUCGCCACUGAACCUACAGCUGAACUAACAACGGACGCCACUGAACCAACAGAUGAACCGACAGAGGACAUCGCUGAACCAACAGAUGAACCCACAAUGGUCGCCACUGAACCUACAGCUGAACCCACAGAGGACAUCACUGAAAUUGCAAUUGAACCCACAGAGGACAUCACUGUACUUGCAAUUGAACCUUCAGCUGAAUCUACAGUGGGCAUCAAUCAAGCCUUAGACUACAUCUAUGAACCUUUAUGGAACAUAACUGACUCUGCAGAAUACAUUUCUGAACCUGCAGGAGACAUCUCUGAGCCCAUAACUGAACUUACAGAGGAUGUCUCUAGUCAUUAUGAUUCCGAUAAUGACCCAGAGUAUGUGCCUGACAGUGACAGUGAAAUUUCUGAGGUGUAUGAAUAUGAGGUUCCAGAUAUCUCGAGCUUUCUAGAAAAAAGUGAAGAUGAAGAAUCAGAUAUGGAUCUAUCUUCCACUUGCAAAAGCAAAAUAGGGGAAAACGUUUCAGAUUUUCCAGUAUCGGCAAACAGCUUCACCAGUCUAACUGAAAGAAAGAACAGAACUGAUGACCAGGAAGGAUGCAUCAUAAUUGAAUUUGAACAUGAUGAAACAGCAGCAUCAUAAA